AUGACCUUAUCGCGGUCGCCCUCUCCCCACGCGGGCGGGGGGUGGUCCAGCCCGGGACUCGUUCCGGGCAGCGGCAGCACAUCGCCGAAUAAACCAUCGUCCGGUUCAUUACUGCCAGGCACACCAGGCAGCGUUUCAUGGGCUGAAGCCAAGGCAAAGAGCGAGGAGGUGUACCGGUAUCCAUCAUUCUCAACACGCAAUAGCGGCUUCUUCUCUCGACAACGACACAAGAUCUUCGCUCGAUUUCCUAGCUUGAGAAGACUUUCGUCGCAGGGAUACGUCGACAAGGAUGAUUAUGGUCGGGAAUGGAAUCGUCCGGGUAGUGGGCGUGGUCUGCUAGGCGCAUUACGCAUACCAGUGCGCCGGGGUCGGUUCCGGCUAUUAUUGGCGCUGUUCUUGGUGUGGAUCGGCUAUAUGUUUUGCUGGGCGACUAUUGUCCAAACAUACCGAAGGUCGCCUAUAGGCGGCGGGAGCAAGUUCGUCAUCAUACUCGGAUCCAACGUCGAGGGAGGCGUCAUGGAGUGGAAGGGUGCCCGUGAAUGGGCCAUUGAGCGCAACAGCAUAUGGAACAAGAAGAGAUAUGCGAAAAAAUGGGGCUACGAGCUCGAGCUGGCCAAUUUGCUGGCCAAGAAGCGAUAUUCACAUGAAUGGCGCGAGAGCUGGGAGAAAGGCGAUGUGAUUCGCAAAGCCAUGCGCAAGUAUCCAGACGCAGAGUGGUUUUGGUGGCUCGACUUGAACACCUGGGUCAUGGAGUACGACACAUCUCUCCAACACCAUAUAUUCAAUGACCUCAAGUCACACGUCUACCGUGAUAUCAAUGCCUAUAACCCUAUCAACAUCACCCAUCCACUACCCGAGUUCUGGCUCGAUGAGCUCGGUCGUUCUCGCGAGGGCGAUGGCCAGGCAGAUUCUUUGAAUAUGCUCCUGACACAAGACUGCUCCGGCUUCAAUCUCGGAUCUUUCUUCCUGCGACGGUCUCUUUGGACCGAACGGCUGCUCGAUGUCUGGUGGGAUCCCGUCAUGUACGAGCAGAUGCACAUGGAAUGGGAGCACAAAGAACAAGAUGCUCUGGAGUACAUAUAUCAGAGCCAACCAUGGGUCCGGAGCGGUGUUGGCUUUUUACCACAACGCAGCAUCAAUUCCUUCCCUCCUGGCGCAUGCGGCGACGGAGAGAAUCCAGUCGUUCACUAUCAGCAGGCAGCACACGACCUCGUCGUUAACAUGGCUGGGUGUAUGUUUGGUCGUGAUUGCUGGUCGGAAAUCUACUACUAUCGCGAACUGAGCAAUUGGCUUGGCCGGUCUGGUUGGGAGCGAUUGAGAGAUAGUGUAGUUGAUCUAUACGACCAAAUGACGGGGAAGGUUGUGGAUGGGGAUGAGUGA